AUGGAAAAGGGUUGUCGUUAUGACAACGCAACAACGUUCAAUGUUCAAAAAUUAUCGAUUUAUAAAAAAAAACUUCAACUCAGUGACGGCGGCAUCAGUUUUUUGAUGGGAAAUCUAGUCGUAAAAAUAAAAGACGAUGACAAAGACAGUGGUAAUCGUGGAUACGGGAGCGAUGCAGAGAGAGAACAGAAGACUGCUUCGGUAGCAGCUGAAGAAAAUACGCAGAACACGUCAAACACGCCGGAAACAACAUCCGGACACGAGGCCGAGAUGGAAGUGGCGAAGGGGGAUUCUGAAGAAAAGAUUCAGAAACCGCCUCAGAGGAUACGGAAUACAAGUCGGGGACGGUCACGACAUAAAUCACGACGCAAAAAUUCCAAAGAGUCCAAAAACACAUUCAAAGAUACGACAACGAAGAGGAAGCGGAGGAGAAGGAGUAAGAGGACUUCAUCUUUGUCAUCGUCAUCAUCGUCGUCAUCGUCGUCUUCAGAAGGCAAUCGAAAGAAAAAACCUUCAGCCAAUGAUAAACGCUGUACUCGAAAGACCAAUUCGGGCAAUCAGAACUCUCGACCGGCUAACCGCGAUGAGAUUUUGUUUGUUUUGGAUGAUGAAGAAUCCGCGGGAUCUAAACGACAACGGCAGCGCAAGGCCAAACGAAAUAUGUCUGACGCUGAGAGAUGA